AUGGGAUCAUGCGCAUCAUGUAAGAAGAAAUCCCUGGAUGAGCUCCAAGGGCUCCUGCAAGACCCAUCAUCAGAUGCGGAAAUCCGCAGCCUCGCACGGGCAGACAUCGAAGCGACGACCGCCUCGAUCCCAUCACUGGCACUACAGCUCAAAAACUCACUCAUCCCUACCCAUCCAUUCGCCGGCAUGCCGUGUUUGAUCGAGCUCCACCCUGGGGCGGGAGGGAGCGAAGCGUCCCUGUUUGCACAGUCGCUGCUCGAGAUGUACAAGUCCUUCUGCGCGCGCAUGGGCUGGCCAGCAAGUCUCGCACAGUACCAGUCAGACGGCGCUGAGGGGGAGACAGCGCUGUCCGAAGCGCUCCUCGAGAUCAACCACCCAGGAAGCUACGAUAUUCUCCGCACCGAGGCCGGCGUGCACCGCGUGCAGCGCGUUCCUGCCACUGAGAAGAAAGGGCGCACGCACACCUCUGCCGUGUCGGUCCUUGUGCUGCCCAGCCUGCCCGAGUCAGGAGCUGAGAACGAUCUGAACUACGAAGACCCGAACUCCGACUACUACGUCUCUGUGACCGAAGUGCGCUCGGAGACGAUGCGGGCGCGGGGCGCGGGCGGGCAGCACGUCAACAAGACGGACUCGGCGGUGCGGCUGACGCACAUGCCGACGGGCAUCGUGGUCGCGAUGCAGGAGUCGCGGUCGCAGCACAAGAACCGUGAGAAGGCGUGGCAGGUGCUACGUUCGAAGCUGGCGCAGAAACGCCGUGAGGAGCGCGAGGCCAAGGUCAUCGCUGUGCGCCGUGCCGUCAUGGGGGGCGUCGGGAAAAUGGGCCGCGAGGAUAAAGUGCGCACUUACAAUUUCUCCCAGAACCGCGUCACCGACCAUCGCAGUGGGAAGGAGACCCUGGAUCUUGACGGUGUGCUGGGUGGUGGGCUUGCGCUGGAGGGAAUCAUGGACAGCGUUAGGGAGUGGAUGGGUGAGAAUGAGAUUAAGGGCCUUCUGGCAGAGGAGGAGUUGAAGAGGAGGGAGCAGGAGGAGGAAAAGAAGAACAGCACAGGGAAUUAA